ACAAAACCGCGCAGAACUCAUCGCUCCCGCCCUCACACCACCCCCGAGUGUUCCCCACGACCAGGCAGAGGCGACCGGGUACUAAAGUGAUCGUCAGGCACCCCGCGCGACCUCCGUUGCUCGGGCCGACUCGAAAGCAGUCAGUCUUGUCCCCCCUCGGCCCCCGACGGGUUGCGCCAAUACGAAGAGGAGCAUGCAAGCAAACAAUUCGGCAGCAACGGGAUGAAUGGGAGCAAGUCACCUGGUCCGACUACGCGGUCAGGCGAUUCUAGUGGGCCCAAUGUCGAUGCGCCAGCCGCGGCAGAUCGCGAUGCUGGCGCGUUGAAGUCGGAAGAGCAGUCGGCAAGCACGCUACCUGCGCCAGUCACAGAGAGCGAGCUCGACGGGUUGCCCGAUGCGCCUGCUUCAGGAGCGGCGGAAGACUCGGCCGUUAAUGGCGCAGACGACGAUCCCGCUUCCGAGGCAGAAACUCUCAUCGACAGCCCCGUGAAGCGGAAGGAGGCCGCGAAGAAGCAAAAUGCCUCUACUGCUGCCUCCAAUGCUAAGCGCGAGAAGGCGCAGAAGAGUCGCAUCGGUAGCCUGCCCGUUCCAAACGAGGACGACGAUGAUCUCGGCUCUGCUGCAUCGCCCAUGCCGAGCACCGAAAUCAGCACGGGCAAAGCGACACCUAGCGCUGGCGCGCACGAUGAAGACGAGGAUGCCGAAGGCAGCGAUGACGAUUUGAGCUCGGCGCGAUCUUCCCCUGAUGCUUCGCGCGCGAGUUCAAGAUCAAGGGCUCUGUCAGAGAACCCAUCGAGGAAAGACACUAGCCCACCCAAUCCGCGCAAAAGAAAACACCGUGCGUCUUCUGUCGAUAACCUCUUGAACACCAAACGACGGAGCAUGGACCCCCCUGCUCGACGAAGACUGAGGGGGAUGCAUUCAGAAGACCCCUCUGGCAAAGCAGACAGAUCUCCAUCCCCAAAACCUAGGGGACACCGCAGGGCGAUCUCCACCCAGUCUGGUUUGGGUGGUCAUGCAGAUGGCGAAGGACGAAAGCGCAGAGGAAGCCAGUUCCCUGUUCGUGAACCGAGGUCUGCAAAGACGUGGGAAGAGUCCGACGCCUCCUCCGAGACCACCUCUCGCGGGCAGGACGACUACAGCCGGCCCCAACGCGGCGUUGGAAGAUCUACGUCGAUUCCAGGUGCCCGCACCGCUGGGCGUGAGCACAAACGACACGUCAACAAGUAUGGGUUCACCCGCCUCGCUGAAGCUUGUGAAGCUGGCGACCUCGACCUGGUCAAGGAGCUCUUUGACAAGGACCCAGACGCCGUCGAGCUCGCAGAGUUUGCCGGUAACAAGCCUCUGCAAAUUGCCGCCCUCAAUGGUAACGCCGAAGUGGUGGCCUAUUUGAUCGAACAGGGUGCUCAGACUGAUUGCGCCAACGUGGACAAAGACACGCCCUUAAUCGAUGCGGCCGAGAACGGACACCUGGAAGUUGUCAAGCUUCUUCUCGAAGCCGGCGUCGAUCCCCUACGCCAAAAUCUAAAGGGCCAACAAGCUCUUGAUGUAAUCACCGACGAGACCGAAGACGCUACAAACAUUCGCGCCGCCCUGCAUUCCGCAAUAGAAGACUGGACCAGCAACUCGGCGAAGCAACGGCGGGAGGAGGAAGAAGAGGAAGUGCGACACUCCCACCCGCCGCGCGUCACGUCGAAAGAAUUGCACUUCAUGGCACGCUCGUACGAGAAUCUGCUCAAGCUAGUGCAGAAUAACGAUCGCACCGGCGUCCAGGAAUUUCUCGCCGCGCGCGUGCCAGUGGACAACACAGUCAUCGCUGCCGCUGCCAAGACGGGCGACGUGUACCUGGUCAACAUGCUUCUGGCGGAGAUGGAUGAGAAGAAGCUGAGGCAGAAAGCGGAGAAGCCCAUGUUGGCCGUGCUGGGGAGCAGCCAUUUCGAAAUGGUCAAAACCCUAACGGAGAUGGAAUGGUUUGAUCCGCUGUGGCGCGACCGAAGAGGAAAGACGUGGAUGGAGCUGGCAGAGGAGAAGAACGGGCCGGCGUGGAGGCGGGAGAAGGAGUUGAUGAGAGAACUUUCCGAGAAAGCGAGCCGCAACAAGGAGAGGCGAAGCUCUAGCCCUGUUACUAAGCGUGACAGCGGUGGUCGGAGGAAGGUGCAGCAGCAGCCGAAGAUCGAGGAGCAUGACGAAAGUGAAGAUGAUGAGAUGGAUGACAAUGCUGGGGGCAAUGCAAGGACAAGGAACAAGAGGAGGCUCAUGAGUCGGAAAGAUCUCAGGACUGCUAAAAGCAGCUCUGCAGCCUUGGAUGAAGAUUCAGGCGAGGUCUCAUCCGAGGAGGAUGCGCCGGGUGAGGUUGACGAGGAGGAAAUGCCAGAGGUCAAACCGCAGGAGACCCCCAGUACCGAUACCCGCCGGCGUCUACGCACCAAGAGUCAAUCUGGCUCACCCGAAGUUACUCCCAGGACUUUGAGGAGAAAGCGAGCUUCAUCCAACGCCAUGCCUACCGUGAAUGAGGAAGAUCAGGAGAAUGCAGAGCCCUCGAAUACUGAAACCAUCCAUGUGGCGCACACAGCGGAGAAUGACAAUUCGAAGGAAGCCAAAGCUGCGCUUGAUCUGGCCAAACACGCCGACGAGAAGAGAAAAGAAGAAGAGGCUGCAGAGCUUGAAGCUACGCAAGCCCAGGAGGCGGCUGAAAGACAGGCCGAGGAGGAGAAGCAGAAGGCCGAGACUGCAAAGAUGGAAGAGCUUGCUCGACAGGAUGCCGAACGGCAAGCUGAAGAGGCACGCAAGGCGGAGGAGGAGAGGCUACAGCGCGAGCUCGAACGAGAAAGGGAAAAGGAAGAAGAGAAGCGCAAGUACCGAGGGGAAGUCCUUGAUGCCCUACCGAAGGCUGUCGCAAAGUCUCUCGAUCCCGAGUCUGCUUCGUUACUGCUAAACGAUGCGGAAAAGAAGAGAUUGGUGCAGUACUUUACUCCCCUCCGGGUGCUCGCCGAACAUGAUGGCUCCCCACAGCAGCAGUUCUGGCUACUCAACAUCCAAGUCGCGCCGCUGCUCGGCCGCUCUGGUCUGCAACUCUUCUUCGAUUCCGACUAUCCCGACUACGAACAAUGUCUGCCGUCUCAAUGGGACACGUCUGAGCUUGCGCCAAGCGACUGGCUUGAAAUCGACAAUUUCCUGGCCCAGCUUCCCUUCGAUACAUCCAGACCAUCUGAUCCGAACGGGGAAGGCAUGAGCUUUGACGAGGAAAUCAAGCAGGCGUCGGAGCGCCACAACGCCUACCUCGAAGCGAGAAAGACUCUCCGAGACCCCAGCUGCAAAGCGAGACUGCGCCGCGUGCGAGUCAAAGACGUCUCGGACAAUCUGCAGCCCUUGUGCAAGGACAUGAAGUUUGAAGUCGAGUUCGUCGGCCCUUCCACCAAGCAGCGACAACAAGCUAUGAAGCAGCUCGAAAUCCAAGACACGCAGGACUUCGUCGGGCGCAUGAAGGCGUUUUGGGAAUCCGCACUGCCGCCUCGCGUUGUCAGCUCGCUGGCCGAGAUCGAGGCCCUUGCCGAUGGGCGCUCGGCGAAUUAUGAAGGCGCGAGAUCUACGGACGUUGUGGUGGUGCACGAGAAGUAGGAGCUGUUCGCUCCAAUUGGUGACGCUGGUGUCUGUACGUACCUUACCUUGGUGGAGAAUAUUGUUAGGCAAUACCUGAUGGCGUGCACCUGGCGUCAGAUUACAAUCGCCGUCACAGCAGAUGUAACGCUCAUCAUACACUUUGGCAAUCCUUCGUUCGCUGUCCGCCGUCCAAGGCUGAUUGAGAGCGGGCAACUUUCAAGGCGUACAUGCUCUGGUGGGGUACCUUCCUAAUCCGGGCAAGGCGCCAUAGGUGAAUUAGUAAUUCGUACUGACCUCAUCCGUCCUCUGCCGUUCCAUCCUCCUCGUUGCCUA